CAAAAUAUCUGUUCAAACUCAAAGCUGCUUCCGUACUAGAGGUCGAUAGAAACACAUGUUGAUUUUUAAUGAAAAUCUGUGAAAUAUAAACGCAAAAAUGGAAAGUGAUAAAGUGGAAGAAAUCGCGGGGAAGUUAGAGAGGUCUCUGUGUAUGGACACGGAAAAGAUGGACACAUAUGACAGAUACCGGCAGGAGGGGAAGGAGUCUGCCCUGCGUGGUGAGCUGCCUCGUGCUCUUGAGCUGUUUCAGCUGGCUUACCAGCUGCAGCCAAGUGACAAGCUAAAGAAACGAAUCCAGGCCAUACAGGAACUAGUUCAGAGAGAAGAGCAGGAGGAAGAUGAGGAAGAGUUUGUGAACGUGAAUGAUUCUGGGCUGAAGCUUUAUAAGGGCCUCUAUGACAAACUUUAUGAGCAUCAGAAAGAGGGUGUGGCGUUCCUGUACAGUCUAUACAGAGAUGGAAGGAAAGGAGGAAUACUGGCGGACGACAUGGGUCUUGGAAAGACUAUCCAGGUCAUCUCAUUUUUGUCAGGGAUGUACGAUGAAGAGCUGGCCAAUCAUACGCUGUUAGUAAUGCCAACAUCACUCAUAAAGAACUGGGUGCGAGAGUUUGCCAAGUGGACCCCUGGCAUGCGAGUGAAAGAGUUCCACGGCACCAGCAAAUCUGAGCGGAACAGGAACUUGGAGCGAAUCCAGCGCAAGGGUGGCGUCGUCAUAACCACCUACCAGAUGCUCAUCAACAAUUAUGAGCAACUUGCGUCCUUUGACAGGGGUGAGUUCUGCUGGGACUACGUCAUCCUGGACGAGGCCCACAAAAUUAAAACUUCAUCUACUAAAACAGCUAAAAGCGCUCACGCCAUCCCAGCAAGAAACCGCGUGCUACUGACUGGCACUCCAGUUCAGAACAACUUACGAGAGAUGUGGGCGCUUUUUGACUUUGCUUGUCAGGGGUCGCUGCUGGGAACCUCCAAAACUUUCAAAACGGAGUAUGAAAAUCCAAUCACGCGUGCACGGGAGAAAGAUGCCACACCCGGAGAGAAAGCUCUUGGAUUGAGGAUCUCUCAAAACCUGAUGGACAUCAUCAAGCCUUAUUUCCUGAGGCGGACAAAAGCAGAUGUUCAGCACAAAAAGCAGAGAGCUUAUGGAGAAGGCAAUCAGAACAAGGAAAAUCAAGAAAACAAAUGUCCCAAUGCUGGCCAAGGUGCAGUGAUGCCGUCGCUGACGCGAAAAAAUGACUUAAUUGUGUGGACUUACUUGAGCUCAGUGCAGGAGGACAUUUAUAACCAAUUCAUCUCACUGGACCAAAUUAAGGAGCUAUUGCUGGCUACAAGGUCCCCACUGGCAGAGCUCACAUUGCUCAAGAAGCUCUGUGACCAUCCCAGACUCCUCUCUGCUCGAGCUGUGACUCAGCUAGGCCUCGAGCAGGGAUCUGCCUCUCCGGAUGAAGAGAGCAAGUCCACAGCGAGUCAGAUUGAUCAUAUUUCAGAUAAGACUUUGAUCGGUGAGUCAGGGAAGCUGCAGUUUCUUGUGUCUCUGAUGGAAUGUCUCCGUGAGGAGGGACAUCGUACCUUGAUCUUCUCCCAGUCGAGGAAGAUGCUGGACAUCAUGGAGCGUGUCUUCCGGAACAGAGGCUUUCGUCUGCUGCGCUUGGACGGUACAGUGACGCAACUGCCGGAAAGGGAGAAGCGUAUUAUUCUGUUCCAGACAGACAGACGCUACACUAUCUUCCUCCUCACCACUCAGGUGGGUGGUGUCGGCAUCACACUAACUGGUGCUAACCGUGUCGUGAUCUUUGACCCGAGCUGGAACCCUGCAACAGACGCUCAGGCUGUGGACCGUGCCUACCGCAUUGGCCAAACCGAAAACGUCAUCAUCUAUCGACUCAUCACCUGUGGUACCGUGGAGGAAAAGAUCUACCGCAGACAGGUGUUUAAAGAUUCUCUUAUACGGCAGACAACCGGUGACAAGAAAAACCCCUUCCGUUACUUCAGCAAGCAGGAACUGCGAGAACUGUUUAACCUUGAGGAUCCACGCUCAUCCUCCACUCAACAGCAGCUACAGGCCAUGCAUUCGCAAAAUCGCCGCUCUGAUACCAAACUGGACCAGCACAUCGCUCACCUUCACAGUAUGGAGAUGUUUGGCAUCUCCGAUCAUGACCUCAUGUUCUCUAAAGAGGCAGCUGCUGAUGAAGACGUCCCUGAGAAUGCAGAAUCGCAUCACUACAUACAAACUCGAGUCCAGAAAGCACAAGAGCUUAUGCAGGCAGAAUCAGAACUGCAUGGGCAGCUGAUGGACAGCAUGGCCCAGAAUACUGAACCGGCUUGGCUUAGGCUGUCAGGGCAGCGUGGUCUGCAGACAUCUGCCAGUAGAGACUGCCCAGCCCCUCCUCGUACCAAAGACUUGCCAGUUAUGGUGGAUCUGACUCAUAACAGUUUCGAUGGGCCAGAACUGGAGGAGGAAGAUGAGCAGAACUCAUUGUCUGUCGAGGAAGUUGUAGGUGGAGGUGUGCUUGUGGAUGACGCAUCAUCUCAAUCAGGUGGAAAAAGGGACUCUCCUGUUGUGAAAACUGAGGUUAGCCCUGCUGCUGACAGAUUGGCUCAUAGUCGGCAUGUAAUCACGCUGGAUGACAGUUUAAAUGUGACAGAUGAGCAACAAAUCUCUGUACACACCUCAUCAAUGCUCUCACACCAGUUCCCCAAGCUGGGAGACCUUUCUGUAAUGUCUGAUCAUCUUAAUGACGAAAAAGCUCAGAUGGUCAGUCCCCAUUCAAAUGUGCUAUCAUCGCCCUCAUCUACAAUGGCCACUGCAAGGGAGUCUUCUAAGGUGGAGAUAGAGUUGCUUCAAGGAAACUUCAAUUUGCAGCUUGAGGAUAGUGCAGAUAUGUUCUCUGUUGAGGAUGAGGAAGUUCAUGAAGAAGGGGAGUCUGUAGCAGAAGAAAGUGCAGAGUUUCAGCUUCAGAUGGAUAUCAGUGGAGAGAAACUGGAAACAGCCAGUAUAAAUGUCAGCAGACGAGUCAGUAACCAAAACAACAGUGCAAUCAGAAUCCAUAACAACAGUGAAAUCAGAAACCAUAUCAACAGUGAGGUCAGUAAGCAUGAAUCUCUUAUAAAACAGCAUUCUACUUUGAACACAACUGCAGAUGACUCCUUUGUGCAUUCUGUUCGGACAAAGAAAAAGAGGCAAGUUAUCUCUGAUAGUGAAGAAGAAGAAGAAGAAGAUGAAGAGUCAGAGAGGCCAUGUUUAAGUAGCAGCCCAUUGGCUGGUGGCCUUGGCAGCCUGGGCUCCUCCACACCAAAAUCCUAUCUGACUGACCGUUCUCGACUCAGGCGCAGCCUGAAUACCUCAGUGGCAUCAAGAAGGUCUCUUGUGAUGUCUGUGCUCGACAAUGAUUCUGACGAGUCAUCAGAGCAUAUUGAUGAAACAAGCGAAUUGGAUCAGCCGCUCUGAAGCCAGUGAAACUCAUGCAGAUGGAUCUGUGAUGGAAGAGGAGGAGCCAAGUGGAGAGACUCUAAACACGGAGUGUAACAGUGAUGAGGAGGAUGAGCUUGAAGAGGAAAAAGAUAGUGUAGAGUCAAGAGGA